AUGACUAUCAACGCAGUCAAAAUAGACGUCAAAGGUGGGCUUCAAGGACCGAAGCGGGUGAUGAUUAGCAAGAAGAGAGGUGGUCUAGAUGAUGCUGAUGGCUCUAAGAGACCAAAGCUCGAAGAUUCGAAAGAAAAUGGCGAUCAAACCGUAGAUUUGACAUCUGAAAAGGCAGGCACAAUAAAUGGUGAAGAGUCGACGCCGGGGGAUGCAAUCGCAUCCAAAACGGAAGCAGACGCGGAAGGUGCCGGUGUCACACAUUUCAUGUUCGAUGGAAAGCAGUAUCAGUUCAAAGAAAGAGCAAGUGUUAUAGAGGAGAAAGAGGGCAAAAUAGAGUUUAGGGUUGUGAACAACGACAAUACAAAAGAGAACAUGAUGGUCUUGACAGGAUUGAAGAACAUCUUUCAAAAGCAGCUUCCCAAAAUGCCUAAGGAAUACAUCGCCAGACUCGUGUAUGACCGAAGUCACUUGUCGAUGGCGGUGGUACGUAAACCUCUUACAGUAGUUGGAGGCAUCACGUAUAGACCUUUUGACAACCGCGAAUUUGCAGAAAUUGUUUUUUGCGCCAUUAGCUCAACAGAACAAGUACGAGGAUAUGGUGCUCAUUUGAUGAAUCAUCUGAAAGAUUACGUGCGAGCUACCUCAAAAAUCAAGUACUUUCUAACAUACGCGGACAAUUAUGCUAUCGGUUACUUCAAGAAGCAGGGAUUCACCAAAGAGGUAACUCUGGAAAAGAGCAUAUGGAUGGGCUAUAUCAAAGAUUAUGAAGGUGGUACGCUCAUGCAGUGCACAACGCUCCCGCGCAUACGAUAUUUGGACGCGGCCAAAAUUCUACUACUUCAGGAAGCAGCCAUUCAAAGGAAAAUACGGCUCGUUUCCAAAAGUAAUGUAGUUCAUCCUGGUUUGAAGCAUUUCAAAGAUUUGAGUAACAUAAAGCCAAUAGACCCAAUGGAAAUACCUGGCCUCAAAGAGGCCGGCUGGACCCCUGAGAUGGAUGAAUUGGCACAAAGGCCAAAAAGAGCUUCGCACCACGCUGCUAUGCAGAAUGUUCUAACUGAGAUGCAAAAUCAUGCAGCCGCUUGGCCCUUCUUGCAACCUGUCAAUAAAGAAGAAGUUGCCGAUUAUUAUGAGUUUAUCAAAGAGCCGAUGGACUUGAGUACAAUGGAGAUUAAAUUAGAGAAUAACAGAUAUGAGAAGAUGGAGAAUUUCGUUUAUGACGCCCGUCUUGUAUUCAAUAACUGUCGAGCGUACAACGGAGAAAAUACGUCAUAUUUCAAGUACGCCAACAGACUGGAGAAGUUCUUCAAUUCCAAGAUAAAGGAACUCCCCGAGUAUGCGCAUCUAGUAGAUUAG